AUGAGGUCCCUGUGGCUCUGCUGGGCGCUCUGGGCGCUGCCCCUGACGGGCCCUGGGGCGGCCGUGACCGAGGAGCACAUCCUGAGCAGCCUGCUGCAGCAGCUGCACCUCAGCGAGGUGCCCGUCCUGGACGAGAGUGACGCAGAGGAGCCGGUCACCCCUGCCCACGUGAGGGCCCAGUACGUGGCCCUGCUGAGGCGCAGCCAUGGGGCCCGAUCCCGGGGGAAGAGGUUCAGCCAGAACUUCCGAGAGGUGGCCGGCAGGUUCCUGGUGUCCGAGGCCUCCACACGCCUGCUGGUGUUCAGCAUGGAGCAGCGGCUGCCCCCCAACAGCGAGCUGGUGCAGGCGGUGCUGCGCCUCUUCCAGGAGCCGGUCCCCGAGGCCGCGCUCCGCAGGCAUGAGCUGCUCUCUCCGCACGGCGACCGGGCCCGGGUCACCGUCCAGUGGCUGCAGGUCCGGGAUGAUGGCUCCAACCGCACGUUCCUCAUCGACUCCAGACCGGUGUCCAUCCGCGAGAGCGGCUGGAAAGCCUUCGACGUGACUGAAGCCGUGAACUUCUGGCAGCAGCUGAGCCGGCCCCGGGAGCCCCUGCUGCUUCAGGUGUCAGUGCAGAGGGAGCACCCGGGCCAGCCGGCCUCCAGCGCCCACAGGCUGGUCCGCUUUGCCUCCCAGGGGCCAUCGGGCCCCCGGCAGGGCGAGCCGCAGCUGGAGCUGCACACCCUGGACCUCGGGGAGUUCGGAGCUCAGGGCAACUGUGACCCCGAGGUGCCAGUGAGUGAGGGCACCCGCUGCUGCCGCCAGGAGAUGUACAUUGACCUGCAGGGCAUGAAGUGGGCUGAGAACUGGGUCCUGGAGCCCCCAGGCUUCCUGGCCUACGAGUGUGUGGGCACCUGCCAGCAGCCCCCAGAGGCCCUGACCUUCAAGUGGCCACUUCUGGGGCCAAGACAGUGCAUUGCCUCAGAGAUGACCUCGCUGCCCAUGAUUGUCAGUGUCAAGGAAGGAGGCAGACGCCGGCUGCGGGUGGUCAGCCUGCCCAACAUGAGGGUGCAGAAGUGCAGCUGCGCCUCGGACGGGGCGCCCGUGUCAAGGAAGCUGGAGCCAUAGGCGCUGGGCAGGGCUGCCGUGGGACUGGGCUCUCGUGUGUGUCGGAAAUGUUCUAGGUGCCAAGAGAGACGGGGAUUGCUGAUGGGCAAAAGCUCUGUGCUCUCUGCUCUCUGAGCUUCAGAUUUGCCUCCUGCGACCCGUCAGCGCACCCAUAAUUUUUGCUUCCCAGGAAUGAGACUCCCUGGUCCGUCCCUCUGUAGCCCCUGCCCAGUGUCCUCUACCCUUCAUAUUCCCUACCUCUGGUCCUAAGCACUUACCUGUGUACAUCUUGUCAUCUGAGAGCAGAAACUCCAAUCUGUCACUGUUCCCCUGUCCUAUUACAGUUCUGGGCUGGA